AUGACACGAUUAAGAUCAAGAUCCAUAACCUCAACACGCUCCACCACUCUCCUCAUCGCUUUCCUCUCUCUCACAUCUAAUACCCUCUCUUCAAUAUUCGUCCAUCAAUUACCCGAUGAUCCAUUUCAUCUCGCGGCUAACUAUGGCAUGUAUUUACAUUUUGCUAAUGUGAUGAGUGUUUUUGGUGUCAUUGGAGGUUUUAGGCAGAAACAUGCACUCUCAAUCCUAUGUUUCUCAACCUACCUCCUCCUCGACACACUCCUGAGCACCAUCCCCAGGCUGCUUCUCCUCACCCUCCUCUCCAACUCCUCCUCCAUUCUCUGCGCCCCUUCCUCCACCACCUCUCUCGAUUUCACCACUCAAAUCCCAUCCCACACCAAUAGUCAAGAAUUAAGUCUAGCAACUUACAGCAUAUCAUCGCACAUCCCCGCAUCAUCACAUAUUGCUGGAUUUGCGGAUUUUAUGGGGAAGACGGGUGGAGAAGAUGGAUGGACAGAAAAGGGUUGUAAAAGAAUCAUGUACUUGGGGUAUGUGACUUUGAUGGGGGGUGUGAUGGUUGCAAUGGGAUUACAGGUUUUGGGUGCGCUCUGCGUUAGGGAUUACGCUAGAGGGCUAUUUGUUGCGGAGAGGAAUGAAUUGGAAAGUGGGGAUGGGGAAUGGGAGAGAAGAGUAAAGGAAGGGAGUGAAGAGAGGAGGGAGAAGGUGAGAAUGGUGAAUAGAGAGGGAUUCCGACCGCUUUUGGUUUUGGAUAGGGAGGACGGAGAGCAAUUCGGGAGGAUGACACCGAUUUCGGAAGAAAGAGGCUUCUUUUGA